AUGGUGGAGGAACAGAAGAGAAAGCACCUCUUGAGUAUGUUUUUGAACACAUUAACCCCCAAGUUCUAUGUUGCCCUGACAGGCACUUCCUCAUUAAUCUCGGGACUUAUUUUGACUGCUCCACUCUUCCUUGUUGAUGUCUCCUAGAAGAGCCAUUAGAUUGUUUUGGGGACCGAGUGAUCUCCAGGGCUGCCACGCACUCUUGUGUGAACUUGUCUCAAGUGGCCACCAGCUACGUUCCCACUCCAUUGCAGUGCAGCUAGGGU